GCACGCUCCUAUAAUUCCAAGAAUGGUUAGCGACGCCGUCUCUCGGUUGCAGUUUCGAUGAAGAAACGACGAUAUACUGCGAUAUAUGUAUUGCGUUCGAAACGUUCCAAUGACAAUAAAGAUGACGUUUUAAGGGUUGGAUGAAACAUUUCAGCAUUCCGAGCGUCGUUGUGAUUGCAACGAAGAGAGAGGAUCGAUUGUAGGAAAUUAUUUGAAAACAGUUACCGGGUAUGUAAUGAUGAGAAAUUUCCUAAUCAACGAUACGUUUCUCGCUAUUCCGAAGGUGAAGCAUAAACGAAUGUUAGUUUUCACCCUUGUUGUUUUCAGGCUCGCUUGGUACGUUGGUCGUUGAUCAGCGAUCGAAGAAAUUAGCGACGUAUGUUGCGUUUCUGUUUCUGUUCUCUUGUUCGAUCGGCUAACGAAUUAUGGAGACUUCGAUUCUGAACGCGGCGCACGAAAGACAAAGACGAGCGGAAGCCCUGUUGCAAGAAGGACGAUUCGAGGAAGCAGCAAAGUGUCAUGAAACCGUGGCUAGCCUCUUGGGCGAAGCAUACGCCCAACUCGAAUCGAAUUACGUUCGUUCUAAAAGUUCCAGUUUGUCUAGUCGAACUCCUCCGGCUGUGAUUGCCUCUUUCCAUUCGCUCGUUACUUUAGAAUCUUUGGCUCUUCAAUGCGAUUAUCACAAAAGGCAAGCUGCCGUAGUUAGAAUGAAACAGGCCCGAUACGAAGAAUACAAAGCUACGUUGGAAACUCAGCAGCGAGAGGUCGUUAGUAAACAGACACCCAAGCGAUCGGAGAAAGAUACGUCCGAACUGUCAUUGGACAAGUUUGAUGGAUCUUUGCGUCAAGCUAUAUAUAGAACGAUCGAAGAGCAAGACAGUCUUCUAACUUUGAUUUCGUUACCGAACAACGAAGAUACGGCUUUUAAACAUCCAAAAGAUACCGCCACCGUCAUCGAAGAACUGAAAACUGUCAAUUGCCAGUUACGCUGUCAUAUCGGCAGCUUGCUGAAUCAAUUGGAGGCUAAGGAAGAGAAGGUGCAUCAGUUGACGGAGCAACUCGGUGCCGUAUCUGCCAGUUCUAGCGACGAGACUAGAUUGGAUAAUGCGCAUUCGUUGCGUCUUGCACCCUUACCGCCUUUAACCCCUCUCGAGAUGCCACUUUUCGACUUUACCUCCGCGUAAAGUAUCUUCUAACUGAAGGAACGACGGAAGGAAGGAAGGAAGGAAGGAAGGAAGGAAGGAAGGAAGGAAGGAAAGUGUUUGCGAAUCGAAUCUCUCGUAACGUAGCAAGUUAAUCGAAUCGUUUGCGAAAUGCAAUGAAAUCUGUAAUAGUACAAAGGAUACAGCAUUCGAUCUCCGGGUAAAUAAUUAUCAUUUACAUGGUAGAAAGGUGAGAAAAUAUGUUAUCGCGUUAUUUUUACUUAUUCGAUGUCGUUCGAAGGGAUCAAGAUACAUAUCAAUUCCAAGUACUUGUCCGUAGGUACGCGCGUACAAACGUGCGUAGAAUCGUAAACCGUCGGUAAAGUGAAGCGUGUAUGUAU